AUUUCCAAAAAACUUCCUGAAUUAAUCAAGUUUCGUAGCCAGCCAUGGCGGAGAAUGAGCAAGUUAGACCCCUAGCCCAAGUGAGAGACCACGAUGAUGAGACCACUCUUCACCUCCAAAAACUCGGUCGUAGAAAAUUCAUCAAAAGGUGUGCUUGCCCAUUAGCCUUUUUACUUCUUCUAGCAAUAGUAAUCAUAGCUUUGAUAUUCACUGUAUUUCGUAUUAAGGACCCCAUUAUCAAAAUGAAUGGUGUCAAAGUCACAAAGCUCGAACUUGUCAACAGCAUAACCCCUAAACCUGGGGUUAACAUGUCCUUAAUUGCAGAUAUAUCGGUUAAAAAUCCCAACGUUGCAUCCUUUAGGUAUAGUAACACUACCACAACUUUGUACUACCAUGGCAUCAUGGUAGGAGAGGCUAGAGGACCACCAGGUAGGGCCAAGGCACGGAGAACAAUCAGGAUGAAUGUCACGGUUGAUGUUAUUACAGACCGCAUCAUGUCAAGUCCAGAUUUGACGACAGAACUUGGUUCAGGUUUGUUGACUAUGAACAGCUUCUCAAGAGUUCCAGGGCGUGUGAAGAUAUUGAACUUGUUUAAGAAACAUAUUGUUGUGAAAAUGAACUGUACCACCACUUUCAAUAUUUCUACACGGGCAAUUGAAGAACAGAAUUGUAAGCGGAAGGUUAAACUGUAG